CGGAAGUGGAGUCAACGUCAACGUGCGAAAUUCAAACUUCUGUAACAAAACAUCUCUGCUUGCCACAGGGUUUGUCUAUGUGGCGUGUGGUUGCUCAUUGAUUUUACCUUCUUCUUCUCCCGUUUUCAUUAAAAUACAGGGAGGUUUAUCAUCGUGUGGCUGAAGCAGGGAGGAUGCCUGUGGAAAGAACAGAGCAACGCGGAGCCGACGAGCUCUACAAAUACUAUGAGAUUUACGAGACUAUCGGCUCAGGAGGCUUUGCUAAAGUCAAGCUGGGUCGACACAUCCUGACAGGAGAGAAGGUUGCCAUUAAAAUCAUGAGCAAGAAGGAUCUAGGGGAUGAUCUGCCACGUGUGAAGGUGGAGAUUGAGGCCAUGAAGAACCUGAGUCAUCAGCAUGUCUGUCGUCUCUAUCAGGUCAUAGAAACCUCUACCCAGAUCUUCAUGGUGCUGGAGUACUGUCCAGGUGGGGAGUUGUUUGACUACAUCAUAGCGAAGGAUCGUCUGUCAGAGGAGGAGACCAGGGUGUUUUUCAGACAGAUUGUGUCUGCGAUGGCCUACGUCCACAGCCAGGGAUAUGCACACAGGGACCUCAAACCGGAAAACUUGUUGAUUGAUGAAGACCACAACUUGAAGCUCAUAGACUUUGGAUUGUGUGCCAAACCAAAGGGAGGUUUGGGUUAUGAGCUGAUGACGUGUUGUGGGAGCCCUGCGUAUGCUGCUCCUGAACUCAUCCAGGGAAAGGCAUAUAUUGGUUCAGAGGCUGAUGUGUGGAGUAUGGGAGUGCUGCUGUUCGCGCUGCUCUGUGGAUAUCUUCCCUUUGAUGACGACAACUGCAUGGUCCUCUACAGGAAGAUUACAAGAGGUAAAUAUGAUAACCCUCGAUGGCUGUCUCCAGGUAGUGUCCUCCUCCUCAACCAGAUGAUGCAGGUGGACCCCAAGCUGCGUCUUACUGUUCGACAGCUGCUGGACCAUCCCUGGGUGUUGAAAGAUUACAACAGCCCUGUGGAGUGGCACAGCAGGCAGCCGCUCGGUCACAUCGAUGAGGACUGUAUUACUGAGAUGGCUGUCAACAUGAAACGAUCGAGGGAGAGCACCACAGCGCUGGUCAAGGAGUGGCGGUAUGACCAGACCACAGCCACCUACCUGCUGCUGCUGUCAAAGAAGCAGAGGGGCAGACCUGUCCGCCUGCGCCCUGAACCAACAGUCUGUGAGGAGUCCUGCUCUCCGCUGCACCAGGGACUACAGACAAGGGAAGCCCUUCACUUCAGCGAGGAUGAAGACGCCGUGAUUGUGGGUUCUCUGGACUUUUGCUCCGACUACACUGACGACUGCCCGUGGAUUUCAGUUAAACAGUACACACCCCAGGGCGUCAGAGGUCAGCCAGAUGGAGCUGCAAACAACAACGACAUGAGACUAGCAUCUCCUUCAGUGGAGAAAAGGUGUGCUUACAGCCCGACCCCAGAGAGGGGGCGAACUAAGACACAGCACCGUGAGGAGAGGAGGCACAGAGACCAAGAACGAGCCUGUGAGAACAAGGAGAAUAUUGCUGUGCAGGAGAAGGAUGUUGAAAUAUUUGCGUUGCCUCCUCCUCGAACCCCUGUGUCCAAUAAGAAGAAUGCACGGCCCAACAAGAAUGUGUUGACCACACCCAAUGGAAAUGCUAACAUCAAUGACACCAAAGCCAAUGCAGUCACGCCUAAAGGUGGAGGCAGUGCCUCUAAAGAGCACAAUAAGAAGAGAGUAGCAGAGUUUAAGGAGCUUGCAAAUGUUGAAAUAGUGGCCUUGAGUCCUGAGAGAAGGUCUCGGUCGUUGGACAUGGCUGUUAUGGGAGACAGCGGGAAGAAGAAGAGAGGAGGAAAAGUGUUUGGUUCCCUGGAGAGAGGCCUGGAUAAGAUGAUCACCAUGCUUACUCCCAGCAAGAGACGAGCCCUUCGUGACGGUCCACGCAAGAUCAAGGCACAGUACAAUGUUACUCUGACCAGUCAAACCAACCCAGACCAGGUCCUUAACCACAUCCUCUCCAUCCUGCCGGAAAAAAAAGUUGAUUUCACACAGAAAGGGUAUACCCUGAAGUGUCGGACCUGGGGCGACUUUGGGAAGGUAACCAUGGCGUUUGAGCUGGAGGUGUGCCUGCUGCAGAGGCCAGAGGUUGUUGGGGUCCGUCGUCAGAGACUAAAGGGAGAUGCCUGGGUCUACAAGCACCUGGUAGAAGACAUCCUCGCCUCAUCCAGUAUCUAAAUAAUGCACUUUACUAACAGUCAUUGCCCGUGUCAAGUCAAUUGAUGCUGGCCUUUCUGUGUCCAAGAAUACAUGAUGUUGAAUUGGUGAUUGAUGCACAGAUUCAUACACUAGAAGGUGUCUUAGUACAUCAGUGAUUAGUCCUUCAUUAUUCAAAGUGAAUAUUUAAAAUUGUCCUUAGGCCAGCCUGCAAUCUCCAGAUCACAUGUUACAUUAAAUUUAUGAGCAUUACAUCACAGGAUCCUGUACAGCGUGUCUUGUUUUAUGUAGAGUAUUGCUGUUUUUCUUCCUAAUUAUUAAGCUGAAUAGGAUCUCUGUCAACCCUCUUGAGAUGAAUGUGUGUAUGUAUGAAAUACAAUAUAGCUAUUUACAGUACAGUUUACCUUCUGGCUGCUUAUUACCAUAUUAAUGUCUUGAUGUUGUUAUUCUCCCCUGUAGGUGUAAUUUACUGUCAUUAAUGUACAUGUGUUUACAAUGCUAACAUCAUGACAUUUUUACAUGGCUGUGUUGUAUGAAGCUCUUAUUUCUUGUUGGUGCUUGUCUAGUUUUUACUGUCAUAUUGUGUGUCUGUAAGAUUUCUACUGACAAAAGGAGCAAAAUAAAUGGUUUCUGGUAAAUGUAA